AUGGGAGUGGAUGUUACCUUUACCGUGAUCUGGGCGGGAGAAAACGGCGGUAAAACCGAGAAGCAUGAAAUCACGUGUCCAGGCCCCAAACCUGCCGUCCACGCCAUCUCGGACAGCCUGAAACACGUGGCUGAACUUGGCGGGAAACUCGGGAGGAUUCGGCUGGUACCGGAGGUCGGGUCAAAGUUCAGAGGUGAACCCAAUGUGGGAGUACCGGCCAGAAGUCUGGACGGGGGCGUGUUCAAAAUCUGUUUCUAUGGCGACGACGGUAAACACAAGGCCGCCCAGAUGGUGAGCGCUCACACGGAGGAGGAGCUGCUCACCAAGCAGCGCUGCGCCGUGUACGUGAAGGACGCACGCAAGGACUGCAUGGCAGCGGCGUAUGGUCUUAAAAAAGAGGAGAAGGCAGGUGUAGACGCGGUGCCGCUGAUGGUGGAUGUCCUUUCGGGAGAGACGCUACUCCGCGCGCUGUACAGGGACGCGCGCUUCGACAGAGCUGUGGUCAACAGAUUUGUUGCAACAAAAGUGGACGAGCCAGAUUCCGGGAACCAUCUGAUGUCCACCGGCGCGGACCUGCACAGCAGCACGCUGGUCCUGAAGCUGGUAGAUGAGGAGGAGGUGACUGACGAGGAUGCGGAGAGAGCUAGAGAUUAUGAAGGAAGGGUCCUGUCCCGAUGCCUGGCCCCGUUCCUGAUCGGGAAGGACCUGGGAGAGUACUCGGGCGAAAGUAGCGAGGGCGCCGCCGAUGGAGGUGGUGAGAGCGGGGCCGGGGUGUCGGGGAAGGAGUACUGGGACAUGAGACGCACCCUACAGGAGGCGCGUGAUGACAUUGACGGGUUCGACGUUGAUAAGAUCCUAUCGGAACUCCAGGACGAGCUGUCCCGGACAGACUUCGACAAGAGAACCAACAUCGCAGGAGGGAAGAUAGACGUGACCGGAGACGCGUUUGAGCUGAUUAACAUGGAGAAGGCGGUGACGGAGGCGUGCGAGGCGGACCCGAUCUGUAAGGACGGCAUCCCGGGAGACAUGCAGUACUCACUGGUGCACCAUUUCAACUCUGUGGGAGUAGUGGGGUGCGGAGAUACAGCCAUUGGAGGCGGCUUCAGACUCGGCAGCAGAUACCUGCUCACGUGCCAUCACAUGGUGGAGGCUAUCCGGGAGAUGGCACAAAGGAAUGAUCCCGAGGCCGGCGCUCCAGCCCCGCUAGAACAGGCGCAUGUGGAGUUCCACCACUACACGGGCGAGCUGCAGCCUAUGCGCUACAGCCGCUUCACGUUCAAGGCGGAACCCGUGCACGAGGACGCCGAUUCAGACUUUUGUAUUCUGGAACUGCAGGUGGAGGAAGGGCAAAGUGACCUUCUCCAAAAACACCUGCCCGGCUUGGGGAACCUUCUCCCACCCCAGGAUGCAUCGGGGGAGGCGGGUGUGACGUCAUCCGCGGGAAAAGUGACGAAGCAGGACGACAAUCCCGCAUGCGUGCGGGCUGGCGAGCAGGUCAUGUUCUGGAGAUCGGGAAGUCCUGGGUUCGACGCCAAGGGCCGGCUGACGGUCAUGUCCAAGGGCACGCGGCCGAUGUACAAGAACUCCGUUACCACGGUGAUGCAGUACGUCAGCAUGACGUCAGUCAGGGCACAGCUGUACGGGCUGGCCGAGACGGGGGCGCUACAGGAAAGCCUUGUGAAGGACAUGUUCCCAUCAGUGUAAAACGUUGAGGUCAUACCUAACGAAUCUUAAGAUUUUAACAGCUGAUGAAAUGAACACCUACCGCUUGUUUGUAGUCGACUUAUCUCGCUCCCUCCCUAAGUAAAUGUUUUGACGUCGGCACUGUUCUUUUUCGAGUCCGGUGAAAGAAACCCUGGAAUAAAGAAAGUCUAUUGAGUUAGACUGAAAGAAAGCAAUAUGUUAGAAACUUUGAUAAAAGCACCGUUGAUGAAUCGAAACAUUGGUUGUUGGCUCAAUACAUCAUUAUUAGCGUAAUAAUCUCGAUGCCUUAGUGGAUAUUUUGACACCAUUUUGAAUCUAGAGAAAAGCAUUAGAAAAUAUAAACAAAAUAUUUUAAUCAAUUAUUCAGAAACAAAUAUCUUGAAAAGGCUUUGAUAAAAAAUUAAUUACCGCAUUGGCUUGCUGUAGAUCAUAGAACUCUCAAGAAUGAGACAUUGAUGUAGAAAAUGUGUUCACUGUUUAAAAUGUACGUAAUUAAAAUUUUGGAACCAUGUACUGAGUUGGAAUGAAAAAUAAAAUUCUUAAAUAAAAAGAACUGAAUGCAUUAAUGAGCAUAUUCAACAUAAAACACCAUUUAUUUAUUUGUCCAAUACCAUUUAAUAGACUCAAAGAAAAAUCCAUACACAUUCGAGACACAGUAACAAAUUUUCAAUGCUUUCUACCAUUCAUUUGCAUACCACAUAUAAGU